UGCCUCCGGUUUUCCGAUAAAUGGACUGAAAAGACCGAUUUUUUCUAUUUUUUCUCGAUUUUCCAUGAAAAAAUGCGAGAUAUCGAGGAUUUUGUGUUCACAAAUAAGCAAUGUCUGGCGAUUUGCAUUGCUCAAAAUGAAAACACGAAAUUAUCGCAAAUUUUCAAUCUUCUCGCGCUGGACGACAAGGAAGAGCAAUUCGAAGCUCAGCCGUUAAGCCAUAAUGUCAGAUGUUCACUAAUAGCGAUCGCAAAUUAUUUAUUGCAUAGCCAUGGACAGCACGCCGAUGAGCUUGUUCCAAUGCUGCUCCGUGCUCUAAUUGCUCUUCCGCACAUGAAAUGGAUUGAUGAUGGGCUUUUGAACAAAUCUGAUAAAAUCCCUAUCCAAGAGCAAUUCUCGUUCUGCUUCAACACUUCACUAUCCGACUUGGCCGCCCAUCUUCCACGAUUCCGCCAACAAAUCGUUUCAGCUCAAGCGGAUGCUCUCGCCUGUGCAGUUUCAUCAAUUUACGAUGUUUUGGAGGAUCAGGAGAGCCUGGAGCACAAUUAUUCGCAUGUGAUUAAGCUUAUGUGCUAUGCUCUGGGACUUUUACGCUCAAUUGGACGAUUUUCAGCUGACUAUGAUACUCCGCUAAUUUCCCUGAUUUUUCCGCUACCCGUGGAUGAAACUAAAAAGUGCAAGGGCGCUGGUGGAGCGGAUAUAAAACACCGAAUCAGCAGCGACGAAUUCACCUUCGACACCUCCUGUGAUGCUUCUUCCUCCGAUCCCCUUCUUCUCACCGACUCAAAAUCCUCCCGUCUCAUCCGAAUGUAUAAUAAGCUCGGAGCAUCAUUCCUGCUCAACAACUACACCGGAGGCCUGAAGCUCACGAUGAGCUCCGAGGAUCUCGAGAAGCUCUUCGAUUCGGUGCAGCGAUUGAUGGAUUCAAAGUUUCUAGAGUCGCUCGACGAGAUUUCCGGGGAGAUAUUUAGUGGUGGAAGUGGUGUGAAACGGAAUCCGUACAAAUCAAUGUCAGAGAUCACGAAUUUGUGCUGUUUAACUCUGCUAAAAGACGUGCUGGGGCCUUAUUCAGUGAAAAAUUCCGAUAAAAACCAGGAAAAUUGUGGAAAUUCGCUACAAGAAGCUUCUCCGAGCUCUCCAAUCUCCGAAAAAUUCGCCAAAGAAAUUAGUAUUUUCUCGAAAACAGCACUUUCCAAGCUGGACGCCGAGCUCUCUUCCCUUCAACAUUCCUCCGAAUCGAGCCUUUCCACAGAAGUAUCCCGUCAAAAAUUGAAUAUCCAAUCAGCUACAGUAUGCCUGCAGCUGAUCGCGUGGGCGGCGAUAGAUGAUAUGGACGCCGAUGCGAUUUGCACUGAGAUUAUAGUUCGAUUAUUCGCCAAUCAGACUCAGAAAACGAUAAUUUCACAAUUGCCACUCUACCUAAAAGCCAUUUCAAGUAUGGCGACACUUGCGGAGAAAUUCCCGGCUGUGGCGACGACGGCGGUUAUUCAGAAUUUGCAGAGAUUUCUGCUGGAACCGGCGCCAAUGUUGACUAAGUUGGCGUCGGAUUCGACGUUAGAGAGGGGAAAGUCGGCUGGAGACGUUAUUCAGCAUUCCAAAUCGAGUAACAACUUGAUUGACGCCAUCACCAAAAGAAAACUAUCUCUCGAUGCACUUCGUAAUUCAGCGAUAAAAGCAAUCUGCAGAGCAUUAAAAUCGUCAAUUCGAAUGGAAAGUGAUAGUGUUCAACAGUGUUUGGCAGGACUUUCAACGAAACUUUUCGUCUGUUCAAAUGCCAAUAAUUUUGUGGUCUCCCUUGUAUGUGAGAAUGCAAUUCAAACAUUGGGAGGAAUUGGUGUUGGAUUAGUUGAUUCGACUGCUGUCGAAGUACCUGAAAUGGUGGUUCAAAUCUAUCUGCAACGAUUCGCGAAUCCGCCGUCUCAAUUGGAUGUGACUAUGAUUCGUUGUCUAGCCGAGAUGUGGAUAGCCGGAGCGAGAUCGAUCUACGAAAAUGUGUGGAAGCUGUUCACCCAGAUCUGCAUAGAAUCAUCGAAUCGUGUCUAUAGUCAGGGAAAUAAUGAAUCGAAUGAUCAGAGAUACACACAUGUUUCACUGGCUGUUGACGUGGCAAUGAGUCGAAUGGCUGCCGGGGUGGCUAAUGAAGAUGAUAAAAUGACACUUCUUGUUAGACUACUAGAGUUAUUCGUUCAACUUGGAAUCGAAGGACGACGCGUCGGCGAAAAAGUUUCAAAGAGUACUGUAAAGAUGUCAACCAGCGCUGGAAACCUCGGAGUCCUCAUGCCAAAGAUCGCCUCCCUACUCCGUCGAAUGCAGCCAAUCUCCGAGCCAACUACGAAGCUCCGCUCUCUGUUCCGCGAUUUUUGGUUCUAUUGCACGGUGCUCGGCUUCGACGUGGAAUCCUCGAGCUUAUGGCCCGAGGAAUGGUAUAAUGCCGUUUGCGAGACGGCCACAAAGACGCCCGUCCUAAUUGCAACCGAAAAUUUGAGAUCCGAGCUAAUCGAUAAUGCGGCGAUCCGAAGUGAUUCGAUUUCUCCACAGGAGCUUCAGGAGAUGAGGAAUACGGUGCUCGCGGAGCUGAGUCAUCAGGCUGAAGCUGUUCCACUAAUCAAUAGAUUCGACUUUGCCAAUUGCACAUAUCUCCUUUCGGUUCAUCGAAUGGAAACGAUGCGGCUGAUCCAUGCGAAUCAUGUGGAUGCAUUCAGCUCAUUCUUCAAAUAUAUCGAGGAUAAGACGAUGCGGAAAGAUAAAUCCGGCCUCUGGACGUGUAUGCUUGCAGCAGCUCCACGAAUAUUCCUCGAGUGGUGCGAAAAAAUGAUGAAGCGACGGGACAACGAUGAGCCGACGGAAGAAGCGCUGGUUUGGCAUGCUCAAUUCCUGCUAUUCAAGUUCAAUCAUCAUCUCCGAGAAGUUCGGAAAGUCGCUGAUGCAUGUCUUUCCCAGCUUGUCAAAGCGUUUCCGUAUCUUCUAUGGAACACGAAAGUUCUCACAACAAUACUUCGUCUUCUUCAGGAACUUGAGGAUAAUCUGCAGAAGGAUCCGACGUGCCGCGAGCCACAGUUCACAAUCGAGGGAUUCGGUGGAUGGACUAUUCAACUUCAGGACUCUAUCGAAGGUCGUCGAUCCGUUGUGAAAGACUUUUCAAUGAGAGUUAAGCAGAUUCUCAAGGAAGCCUUAAGAUGGGCGCCUGCCUCGACGCAUAGCAACUUGCUAGAGUAUGUAUCGAAGUUCGGUUCGGAGAGAGACGCCGCUAUGCAACUUGCGAUUGAUGCAACUAGUGAAGGAUCGGGAAAAAGUGGAUCCUACCUAACAUCCCUCUACAAAAGAAGUAACUAUCUCGGUCAAGUCAAAGGAAUGCUGGCUACUACUCUUAGUGGAGAUAUUGAUCAGGUUACCGCUGAGAAUCAACUCAUCGAUCGCCUGGAGAAGGACUUCCAAAGGGCCUGCAAAUCUGGGAAAGACAUGGAAAUGGAGCAAGCCGUCCUCCUUCUCACAGCUCUCUUUGUUAGCCUGAGAUCCCUUAACGAACGGAUUCUAAGCCUGCUAGUUCGAACGCCGCUCCUCAAUUUCACCGAAUCCACCGUCUCCCUGUGUACGAUGGCUUGGAAUUGGCUGCUCAGCGCUCGGCCUGAAGCUCACAGCUUGUUCCUCCACGAACAGGCUCGUGCGUUCGCCGACUCUUCUCGAUUCGGCUUGGGACUUUUUGAGAAGGAAGUUGUCGGUGGCUCUCCGCUAUGCCAGAAGCUUGAACGUCCCCCGCCGUCUGCAAACUUCCGGCCACAUCGAGAAUGGAUCGAGUUUAUCGGUGAACGAUGUGACGUCGCAUCCUACUCGUCUAGAGAGCAGCUUGACGUUCUUGAAAUGAUGUUCUCUCAGACUCUAUCGGCUCACAUUGGAACCGGUCAUUUGCAUGGCUCAACAGCUUGUAGCAAUCCUGCAAGCCUUGCUGGCCCAUCGAGAAAGGAGACUAUUAACCAAGUGACGCGUGGAAUUGAAGCAGUCGGAGUACGGUUCCGGUUGCUAUCCUGUGUGCUCGGUAUGGUCCAACAAGACGCUUGUUUGCUCCGACCAACAAAUGUUCUGAUUCGCCAGCGCGUCUACUCGUGUGCAUUCCACUACUUCACGAUCGCCCCGCAAGGUCCUACUCAGCCCGAGGAGAGGCUUCGAGAGGAUAUUCGAUUAUUGACGAGAUUCUUCGAGCACUUGAAGAAUGACAAGCAUUACAUGCAGAAGGAGGCCCUGGCGAAGACUGAUAAGAAUUUGGUGAUGUCGAGUACAAUGUCGCAGAUGCAAACGAAUUUUGAGAAGAGCCUACUGAUAAGUGGGACUCCGGUUACGGCAACUGCGGCUGGGACACCGAAUACAUCACUGAUGCUUCCACCAUCUACAAAUUACGCGAACACCCUGACGCUAUCCUCCCAGAAGUCAAUGGCUGCUACAAGUGCGUCUAUUCGAAGUGGAAAAUCGAUUGAAACCAAGCUAUCGAUUGAGGAAGACAGACGCAUCAAGACAUGGAUGAAACAGCGUAACAUGCUAAUGUUACUCGUUGCUAAUGAAAUCGAGCGGCUCAGUGCUUGGCUCCAUCCGCUAGCGUUGGCUCAGGAGGAUUGUGCUCUGGACUCUGAGGAGUUUUUGAGAGGGGCGUUCACUCAGGCAAAGGCGACCGGCGGUGAGAAGAAUAUAUGGAGAGAGCAGGCCCAACUGGCGUGGGAUAUAUCCCCGGAGCUUGCUAUUCAACUGCCAUCGAGGUUCCGUGGAUCGCCGGAGCUCGUGAAAUAUGUUGAUGUGCUGGUCCGAGGGCAGCCUGAACCGGUAGCCCAUAUCCCGGAGGCUCUUCCACUAUUCCUUGGAAAUGGAUCUACGGUUUUUGAGACAUCGGAUAUGUCACAUGUGCUCACGUGGGCUCGAUGCUCACCGGUGAUGGCGUUGUCGCUGCUGACACCUCGGAUCUACCCGAUGCAUCCGAUUUCGAUGCAAUACGCGGUUAGAGUGCUGAGAAGUUACUCGGCAGAUGAGCUUCUGUUGUAUAUUCCGCAGAUUGUGCAGGCUGUUAGAUACGAUACAAUGGGAUACAUCUCAGAACUAAUAAUAUGGCUUGCCGGACAUUCUCAACUCCUUUCUCAUCAAUUAAUUUGGAAUAUGCAAACGAAUAUGUUCACAGAUGAGGAGAGUAAAGUCAAGGAUCCUGUUCUAUUCGAAGCGCUGAAUGAUAUUAUGCAAAAAAUUUUAUCUCAGUUGGAAGGAGCCGCCCGUCGAUUCCAUGAAGCCGAAUUUAAGCUUUUCCAUCAACUUACAGCCAUCUCCGGAACCAUUAAGCCUUUCCCGAAAGGCGAUGCUCGCAAAAAAGCGUGCCUGAAAGCGUUGGCUGACGUGAAAAUUGAGACGAUUACGUAUUUGCCGUCGAAUCCGGAAGCGGUUUUGCUGGAUUUGGACUAUUCGUCUGGAACACCCAUGCAGUCAGCUGCGAAGGCACCGUUUUUAGCUCGAUUCCGUGUAAAACGAUGUGGAGUCCGCGAACUAGAGCACAUCGGACUUCAAGCCCAAUCGGAGCACGGCGGAAAAACGACAGAAGCGGAUCUAGAAGAGCUCAAAAAAGUGCAAGACAGUCGUGUCUGCUGGCAAGCCGCAAUUUUUAAAGUCGGUGAUGAUGUUCGUCAAGAUAUGUUGGCUCUGCAGCUUAUGCAGCUUAUGAAGAAUGUUUGGGCCGGUCUUGGGCUCCCUGUUCGAGUUUUUCCUUAUCGAGUUGUUGCCACAUCGCCAGGAUGUGGAGUUAUCGAGUGUGUACCGAAUUCGAAGAGUCGAGAUCAACUGGGAAGACAGACUGAUUUUGGAUUAUAUGAAUAUUUUAAGACGCAAUACGGCGAUGAGAGUAGUGAGACAUUCCAAGAAGCAAGACGAAAUUUUGUGAGAAGUAUGGCUGCUUAUUCGGUGUUCAGUUUCUUGCUACAGAUUAAGGAUAGGCAUAAUGGAAAUAUUAUGAUCGAUUUGGAUGGACAUAUUAUUCAUAUUGACUUUGGCUUCAUGUUCGAGAGCAGUCCCGGCGGAAAUCUAGGCUUCGAGCCAGACUUUAAGCUCAGCGAAGAGAUGGUCGCAAUAAUGGGUGGAAAAAUGGAAGCGGCACCAUUCCGGCAAUUUGCUUCCCUAUGUGUUCACGCGUAUCUCGCUGUUCGACCCUAUCACAAAUCAUUCGUUUCACUUGUUUCAUUGAUGUUGGACACACAUUUGCCAUGUUUUAGAGGAAAAACUAUUAAUCAACUGAGAGCCAGAUUUGCACCUGAAAUGAAUGAAAAAGAUGCGGCGAAAUACAUGUACUCGGUGAUCACCAACUGCUUCCUGAAUAUUCGCUCGAAAAUGUACGAUCAACUGCAAUAUUUCCAGAAUGAAAUUCCAUAUUAAAAAUUUGCCAAAACCAAAAAAUUAAUUUAUUUAUUUCUCCAUUUUUUCCCCACCCGCUGCCAGUUUUUUCUUCUUGUGUUGCUAUAAUUUUAUUUAUUUAUUUCUAAUUUAUUUGAAUCCCCCGCUCCCAAUGUAUAAUAGUGAUUUUAGGUUUUCGGUGUAUAGUUUUAGAAAAAUUCGCUUUAAAAAAUCGAUAUUUGCUC